AUGAAGGCGCUGAGCGAUUUCCUGGGCGCGCUGAGCCCCAGACAGGAUGGAACGCAGCCGGCGGCGGAGGCACCCGCAGCCGACUACGAGACGCUGUUACCACAUGAGAGAGAAUUUCAGCAUGCUGCUAAAAUGAACAAUUUGGAAACCAUGGAGAAGUUACUUAGGAAGAAUGUUAACAUUAAUGCUGUAAAUACACUGCAGCGCACAGCUCUCCAUUUUGCUGUUGCAGGAAAUCAUAUAUCUACUGUGGAUUUUCUUCUCCAUCACAAAGCUAGAGUGGAUGUUGCAGAUAAGCACGGGUUGAUGGCGAUUCAUCUUGCAGCUUGGUCUGGAAACCUAGAUAUAAUGCGAAUGUUAGUUAAAGCAGGUGCUGACCAAAAGGCUACGGACCAGGAGGGAAUGAAUGUCCUGCACUUUGCAGCUCUGAACAAUAACGUUGACAUAGUGGAUUAUCUUCUCCAGGAACUUCAGCUGAAGGACCUAAACAAGCCAGAUGAGAAAGGUAAAAGGGCAUUUCUUCUGGCAGCUGAAAAAGGCCAUGUUGAAAUGAUAUACAGUCUGAUUUCUCUCAAGCUGUUCACCUCUGAAAAAGACAAGGAGGGAAACACAGCAGUGCAUCUAGCUGCUAAAAAUGGUCACUGUGAGGUGCUGGAAGUUCUGUUAAAUCAAUGGGAAGAAAUAAAUGAACUCAAUCAGCACAAUAGUAAUGUUUUGCACAUUUCAACACAGAAUGGACAUACAUCCUUGGUCACGUUUCUUAUCAGUAAAAAUAUCGAUCUGGUUCCUAAACCUGAGCCUCAGAAUUCCCCUCUCCAUUUGGCUGUCCUCAAUAAUCACCUUCCUAUAGUAAUUAGCUUCUUGGAUGCUAAUUAUGAUAUAAAUGCCUUGAAUCAGAAGCAACAAACCCCUCUCCACCUGGCAGCUGAUCUUGGCAAUGUGGAACUAGUGGAACUGCUGCUAAAGGCAGGCUGUGAUCUCAAGAUUGCCGACAAGCAAGGAAAAACUGCGCUGGCUGUCGCAUCCAGGAGCAACCAUGCCCUCAUUGUUGAUAUGAUUAUUAAAGCAGAAAGGCAUUACACCUUGAAACAGGAACAUCUAGAAAACCAAGUUGAUGCACCAGAUUUUAUUCUAUCCUUCAAACAGGAUCACAGUGCACAGACUAAGCAAAUCCGUUCCUGCCUCUGGAAUCUGGCUUACAAUCAGUUAAAACCCCAAGAAUGGAAAAAGCUGGCCCUGUUCUGGAAGUUUACAGAGGAGCAAAUGAAAGCUAUUGAAGAACAGUGGACAGGGAAAAAAAGCUAUAAGGAACAUGGACACCGAAUGUUGCUCAUCUGGUUACAUGGUAUAUUGCUGGCUCACCAGAAUCCAGUCAAACAUAUAUAUGAAGAUCUGGUGCAUGUAGGAUUUCAACAAGUAGCUGAGAAAAUCAGAGCUGAAACGAGCACUGAGAUGGAUUCGAGGAAAUGUGCAGUUUCAUGA